CAUUUCGUAAGUUACUCGAACGAUAAUUUUGACGCCCAGAAAAAAUAGAUUGCAAUUUACUCUAACGAAUUUGAACAAGCAAUUUGUUUAAAUAAAUUGUAGAUAGGUAGAAUUAUUUAGUAGUUCUUUUUAAAAUUUUGAAGUUUGUACUCAUUGGAAGACGGCCGAGAGGAAUCAAGUUUCAUUAUAAAUAAUGGUGUUUGCAUAAGUGCUUUAUUAUUACCAGUGUAAUCAGGCUGAAAAUAUAAACAUUUUCAUAUAGAAGACACGAGCGGCCCUGAAGAUGGCAGUGAUUAGUGAUGACCAGUGUUUUCCUUUCACCAAAUGAAUAGAUUUUGGUUCCCAUCAUCUAUGUUGUACUCGUCACUCCACAUACGAGGCACGGAUGCUGACUCUGAGGAGCGGUGUGUGCGAUGGUGAUAGCAAAGAAGAAAGUUAAACCAUUAAUGAACAGCACUAUCAAGAAUAUGGAUUACAACUGGACUUCGGGUCCGGAGCCAAUGAAUAACCAGGAUGCGGGCGUUCCCAUGGCGAUAUUCAUACCUCAUUCCAACUCUUUGCCAUUUGAAGAUAGACGCGUUACCCUCGAGCAGCCAGUCAAGAUCGGCCGUAACGUAUACCGAGCAACUCCGAGCCCAACGAACACUAUCUUCGAAUGUCGAGUACUCUCACGACACCAUGCCACAUUGUAUUAUGAAAAAGGGCACUUUUAUCUUGUUGACAAUCAGAGCAGCAAUGGCACGUUCAUUAAUAACAACCGGUGCUCGUUAUCGAAGGAACAGGAGCCGCAUGAGGUAUACUCUGGCGAUAUCGUCCAGUUUGGAAUACCAGUCGUUGAGAAUACCGGCAAUUCAGAAAAGAACACAUUUCCGCCAGUGGUGGCGUUACUCAAGUUGUACCACCCGGACGGAAAGGAGGCGAAGCUGUCCUUUAACCCCACAAUGACCACGCCGUUGCAUCUCAAGGAACUCUACCAGCUUAACAACUAUGUUCAGGAAGCAAUCCAAAGAGAAGCAGCGCUAGAAGCCAGACUACGUACUUUACGUGAAUGUGUUGAACGCACACGAUCUGAAGCGCGUGCGAGCUGGGAAUUGUUCGUCGGAGAGCAGCGACUGCUCAUGCGAGUGCACACGCUUGAGACUAUGCUCUCGAUGGGUAAACAGCCAGACGCACAACACCUCGCGCAACUACUUAACGACAAGAGGAACUAUCAGGAAGUGGCGCAGGAGAGCUUGCGGGCGGCGCACGAACAGCGGCUGGCGCUGGAAGAAACGCUAGAGCGGCGCAACCGCGAAGCCUCCGCGUUGCACCAGCAGAACUGCGCGUUACGCCUCGCCGCUAACAACGCGCUCGCCGAGCUACAGAAGCUGGCAGCGCGGUGCGAGCGCAAGAUGUGCGCGGCGCGGCUGGCCAUCGCUGCCGCCGAGGAACGCGAGCUCACUGUGCGCAAUCAACUACCGCUUGCUUACUCUGUACAAAAUGGUGAGGCGAAGAUGUUAAUCCUGAGUACGGACAGCAACAAGCUGACAGAGGCAAAGCGAGGUGGUACGUUAGAAGAUGCAGUGCGAGCGUUGCCUGAUUACAUCAAAUUGCUGCUGCCGCAACACCUACUAAACAAGGUUGGAAUAAAAGUAUUAUCGGCCGAGGGCAAAUCUGCGAAGGAAUUCGAUUUGAUAUUAAAAAACAAUAAAAUCUACAAUUCCGAAAGUAAAGAAAACAAGCAAGAAGACGAGGGCGUAGGUGGCAGUGGCGAGGAGAAACCGUGUGAGCCCGACAUAUGCACUGACGAUGAAAAGCAGUCCAGGCUUAAACUCGAUUCUGGAAACGAAGAGUCGUCGUCACCACUGGAUGGCGAGCUUCGGCCGGACAACAACGCCAACUCUACUUACCAAGACAUCGACUCCAGGGAAGAUUCACCGAGUAAAGGCGGCGUAGAGUAUGCGAACAUAUUGCGCGUGAUGGCUGGCCUAAACGAUGAGAUCAAGGCGCUGCGCGAGCGGCUGGAUGCAGUGUCGGUGGAGAACGAUCAGCUGCGCGGGGUGCGCGACGAGCUGCUCGCCGCGCAGACCGAGCAGCGCGAAGAGCCGCCGCCCACGGUUGACCAUGACGAUGUUGAGGAUUUCCGUUCGAGAAUCGCAGACCUGCAGGCCCAACUCACACGGUCGACGGUAGCUGAAGCAGCGAACCUCGCGGAGAUCCAGCGCCUGGCAUCGGCCGCGGCUGAGAUGCAGGCUGAGCUGGCGUUCCGGCCCACACAUGCCGACAUCGACGACCUCACCGACGUGCUCGGAAAACUGCGCCAGGAGAUACUCGCCAAGGACCAACAGAUCGAGCGGCUGCAGACCAGUGCGCAGAACACCUGCAUGGUGGACAAAGAAGUCGCCACCUCCGACUCGCUCGAAGACCUCAGCCACACCCAGCAGAGCCCCGAAGAUAUGGACACCGGCAAGAUAAGCGCCGAGAUCGAUAAGAUGUUCCGGCUAGACUACGACGACGACGAAGAUGACGAGUCUGACUCGGCCGCCACUGAGAUCAACCGCGACGACGACAGCGGUUCAGCGCAGCUAGUACAGGAGCCGAAAGUCGUGCGGCUGGACGACGAGGCGCGGCUGCAACUAACCAUGCACAACGGGUCCUUGCACGCGCUGGAGGAAGAGCUGGUGCGUGCCAAAGAGCGAUGGGCCGAGGUGUGCGCUGAGCGCGCGCGCCUGCAGAUGCAGCUGCAACAGCUGCAGCACAAGCCUCGUACGGUAUCGCUGCUGCACGUGGUAGCCGUGGUGCUGCCUGCGCUCGCAGCCUGCAUUUACUACCUACUGCAGCCGCAGCUUUCCUGAUGGACGGCCACGUGGGACCCGCCUGGGUUCGCCUAGCGCCAUCCCUACCUCCGCGGUGUAUCCGGGACUUCCCUUCAAUUUUUUUGCUCACUGUACUCCUUUUACUCUGUUUAACGGUUUACUGGAUUUGGACAAAAUCGGUGUGGGUGCCGCCGGCUCGGACUGGCCUUCCCGCUUUCUUGUACCUUAACUAUUUAAAUGAUUUAUGCGCGCCC